CGGUAACGUGCGCGAUGGCAGCCAGCUUGCCCCUCGCCGUCGUCCUCCUCCUCAUGCUCCUCGCCGCCUCCGCCGUCCCGGCCACCGCUGAGGGCAAGCACAGCGGCGGCGGCAGGAUGGUCAUCAUCCGCCGUGGCCCGAGGACAGCGGCCGGCCGCGCUCGUGCUAACGACAGGUGGCGCAACGGCGGCGGCCGGCUCCUGGAGGACGAGGUGGCGCCGGAGUUGUUCGGCGGCCCGGUGGGGGCGGGUGGCGGCGGCAACAUCGGCUACGGCGUCCUCAAGUCGGACACUACGGGGUGCCCGAGCGGCGGCCAGUGCGCCGCCAAGUCGGGUGGGUCCUACACCCGGGAGUGCACGUACAAGGAAAACUGCCGCCACUGACCGGCCGGCGCCGCCGCCGCCGGCCCGUCCGAGAGGCCAUGCCGGCCAGUGCGCGGUCGUUGCUGCUCGGAGCCGCACGAACAUAUACGAAAGUUCUUAUCUUAAUUCCAAGAGUGACAAAGUGUCCCAAAUAAAUGUUCUGAGUUAAGUAUGUUGGUUGUUGAUGUAAAAUCCACCUAGUGAUGAUGUGCACAAGUUUGCAAUGAUGCAGGAGAUAGAGGAGCAUGCUUUGUUUGGGCUUUAGCUUGGACUUUGCGUCAACAUUUUCCCGGUAGUGGGCUCCGGCCCAUAGCCUGCAGUCAAUAAGACUGGCCCAUAGCCAGCUUCAGAGA